AUGGGGCCCCCGGGCAAUAGGGGAUCAUGGGGCCCCUGUGUCCUUGCCCAAACUAAAAAAAGCCUAUGAAAAAGGCUGAGAACAAAAUGCAGCUCCAAGGACAGCUCUGUAACAAGUGGAAGCUGAGCUUCAAGCACCAAACAUAAAAAAGGCACCUCUGUGUCAAGACCAGGGGCGGACUGACAACUCAUGGGGCCCCCGGGCAAUAGGGGAUCAUGGGGGCCCUGUGUCCUCGCCCACACCCAAAAAAGCCUAUGAAAAAGCCAAUGAAAGGUACCAGGGGCAUCUCAUGGGGCCCCCUACUGACCCCGGGCCCUCGGGCAGUGCCCGAGUGCUCGAAUGGUCAGUCCGCCCCU